GCCAUUAUAGUUUUCGCAGUCGAAAAUUUGUUGUACAGAUAUUUUCUUAGUUUAGUGUGAAGUAUAACAUUUAAAACCUGCUUUAAAGCAGAUUGAACUAAUAUUGACGCGGUGUGGUGUAAAUCGCCUCUAUCACCAAGAUGAGUUAUAUGCCAGCACAGAAUCGUACAAUGUCCCACAACAACCAAUACAAUCCGCCGGACUUGCCACCUAUGGUCUCGGCUAAGGAGCAGACGUUGAUGUGGCAGCAGAACUCGUAUUUGGGCGAUUCUGGCAUCCAUUCGGGCGCUGUUACCCAAGUGCCGUCGCUGUCUGGGAAGGAGGAUGAGGAAAUGGAGGGUGAUCCGCUUAUGUUCGAUCUGGAUACUGGAUUUCCGCAGAACUUCACACAGGAUCAGGUCGAUGAUAUGAAUCAGCAGCUGAGUCAGACACGCUCUCAACGUGUUCGCGCUGCCAUGUUCCCCGAGACAUUGGAGGAGGGCAUUGAAAUACCAUCGACACAGUUCGAUCCUCAACAACCGACGGCAGUGCAGCGUCUGUCGGAACCAUCGCAGAUGCUGAAACAUGCCGUUGUCAAUUUGAUCAACUAUCAGGAUGAUGCUGAACUGGCCACUCGUGCCAUACCAGAACUGAUCAAGCUGUUGAACGAUGAGGAUCAGGUUGUGGUCUCGCAGGCCGCCAUGAUGGUCCACCAACUCUCCAAGAAAGAGGCCUCGCGUCACGCCAUCAUGAACAGUCCCCAGAUGGUGGCUGCCCUUGUGCGUGCCAUCUCGAACAGCAACGAUCUGGAGAGCACCAAAGCCGCCGUUGGAACGCUGCAUAAUUUGUCGCAUCAUCGCCAGGGUCUGUUGGCCAUUUUCAAGAGUGGCGGCAUACCGGCACUGGUCAAGCUGCUCUCCUCUCCCGUAGAGAGCGUACUCUUCUAUGCCAUCACCACGCUCCACAAUCUUCUGCUCCAUCAAGACGGCUCAAAGAUGGCUGUCCGACUCGCCGGUGGCCUCCAAAAGAUGGUCACACUGCUGCAGCGCAACAACGUCAAGUUCUUGGCCAUUGUCACCGACUGUCUGCAGAUUCUGGCCUAUGGCAACCAGGAGAGUAAACUGAUUAUUUUGGCCUCUGGCGGUCCCAACGAACUGGUCCGCAUUAUGCGCUCCUACGACUACGAGAAGCUCCUUUGGACCACAUCGCGUGUCCUCAAAGUUCUCUCGGUCUGCUCCAGCAACAAGCCGGCCAUUGUUGAUGCCGGCGGUAUGCAGGCCCUCGCUAUGCAUUUGGGCAAUAUGUCGCCGCGUCUCGUCCAGAACUGCCUGUGGACGUUGCGCAAUCUGUCGGAUGCUGCCACCAAGGUGGACGGUCUAGAGGCUCUGCUGCAGUCUUUGGUCCAAGUACUGGGCUCGACCGAUGUCAAUGUGGUUACUUGUGCUGCUGGCAUACUCUCGAAUCUGACGUGCAAUAAUCAGCGCAACAAGGCCACUGUUUGCCAGGUGGGCGGUGUCGAUGCACUCGUCCGCACCAUCAUCAAUGCCGGCGACCGCGAGGAGAUAACCGAACCGGCUGUCUGCGCUUUACGCCAUUUAACAUCACGCCAUGUCGAUUCGGAGCUGGCCCAGAACGCCGUACGUCUCAAUUAUGGUCUGUCUGUCAUUGUCAAGCUAUUGCAUCCGCCAUCGCGUUGGCCACUAAUUAAGGCAGUCAUUGGACUUAUACGCAAUCUGGCCCUCUGUCCGGCCAAUCAUGCGCCGCUACGCGAACACGGCGCCAUCCAUCAUUUAGUGCGCCUGUUGAUGCGCGCCUUCCAAGACACAGAACGCCAACGUUCAUCCAUUGCCACUACGGGUUCGCAGCAGCCCUCAGCCUAUGCCGAUGGCGUGCGCAUGGAGGAGAUUGUUGAGGGCACUGUCGGGGCUCUACACAUUCUGGCACGAGAGUCGCACAAUCGGACGCUCAUACGCCAACAGUCGGUCAUUCCGAUAUUUGUACGUUUGCUUUUCAACGAAAUCGAAAAUAUACAGCGAGUGGCUGCGGGUGUCCUUUGCGAGUUGGCUGCCGACAAGGAGGGCGCCGAAAUUAUUGAACAGGAGGGCGCCACCGGCCCGCUAACCGAUUUAUUGCAUUCACGCAACGAGGGUGUUGCCACUUAUGCGGCCGCCGUACUCUUCCGCAUGAGCGAGGAUAAGCCGCAGGACUAUAAGAAGCGUCUGUCCAUCGAGCUAACCAAUUCGCUAUUGCGUGAAGACAACAAUAUUUGGGCUAAUGCCGAUCUGGGCAUGGGUCCGGAUCUACAGGAUAUGCUUGGACCCGAAGAGGCAUAUGAGGGCCUUUACGGACAAGGUCCACCCAGCGUGCACAGUUCGCACGGAGGUCGCGCAUUCCAUCAGCAAGGAUAUGAUACUCUACCAAUAGAUUCGAUGCAAGGCCUCGAGAUCAGCAGUCCAGUAGGCGGUGGUGCUGCUGGCAGUGCUGGCAAUGCCGGUGGCGGCACUGGCGGUGGUGGUGCAGCACCACCCAGCGGUGCACCCACAUCGCCCUACUCCAUGGACAUGGAUGUCGGCGAGAUCGAUGCGGGCGCAUUGAAUUUUGAUUUGGAUGCGAUGCCGACGCCACCCAAUGACAACAACAAUUUGGCUGCUUGGUAUGACACCGACUGUUAAACCACACAACCACCACCAACCACCAACAACACCACCAUCAGCCACACAAACACCACACAAUGGCAGCGCAUUCGCAUACAUCAACAAUAUACAUACAUAUAUAAGUAUAUAAGUAUAUAUACCUAGGUGUAUUGCUUUCUGUAGUCGUAUUCUUUUUUUAUUAUCAUUAUUAUUAUCAUUAUUGUAAUACAAGGGCAAUCCGAAAUAUUUCUAGCCUGACAAUGAUACAACAGUAUAAACAAAUUAUUCAUUUUUUUCAACACAGUCUAUUUCUAAGUCAACACACCCUCUCCAAACCCUCCGAAAAUGCUCCUCAAAAUGGUUGUUUACGAAGGCGAUAAGCAUUUCUGUCCCCCAAACGCAAUCUUGUGCUUAGGGAAUAAAAGGAAGUCAGUUGGGGCUGGGCCUGGAGGAAUAAGGAGGGUGCUGAAGCAGUUCAAAGCAUAAUUCAUGGAUUCCUGGCAACUGCUGAUGUAUAGGAUGGCGCGGUCCUUAAAUAACUUUGUGGUUCCAGCCAUCUUCCUAACUUUGAUUCGGCGGCUGUGCAGAACCAUUUGGUGAAUUUUGGCAAUGUUUUCGUUAGUGGUUACAAUUUUUGGGCGUCCUGGACGUCUCUUAUCUGUCCAGAGCUUAACAGUUGCAAACGAUGGACAGCGUCCAUCUCGUUUUUGAUUGGCGUAGGCGUGUUGCUUUAUUACCGCAGGAUAUUCGACUUUUUCCACAUUUACAAGAGCACUGAUAUCGACCUAACUAUAUUAUCAAUAUGGCUGAAAUUUUGGCAGAACCACAUUAAAAGAUGCCUCAUCACAAUACCCUAGUUUGGUUAAUAUAGGAGGUCGUCUUCAUUGCCCGGCUAGAAACAUUUCGGACUGCCCUCGUACAUGGACAUUUUUUUAUUCGCUUGCUUCAUAAACAAACGACAAAUUGCAACAAUCUAUAUAUAUAAAGAAAAAUAAAGCAAAUAUCAAACGUAAGGCUA